UAGGACUUGUUUUGCUAGGAUCGGCGUGAGCAUAAGAGUAAGAAGUUCCCACCGAGUGGAACGACAUAUCACGGUUCUCCAGCACCUUUCACCACACUAAGAACUCAGUCGAAUUUCAUCCCUAAAAACAAGCAUUGUUAGCAAAGAGACCGCCAAUAUGCUCUACAAGACAGUCCUCUUCGCCUUCCUAGGUUUCACCGGCAUUGCCUCCUCUAUGGUUCUAGGAAACCGAGACUCUAGCGUCAGCAACCCCGUCGAAGCCAGAACCCCGCCGUCUAUCAUUGCCAUUGCGGACGUUGUGGAUGAGGCAGACGAAUAAAUUCAGCGAGUCACCUGUAUGGAACUGCGAGAUAUCAUGUUAGCUAUGAGGGCAAGGGUUUAUGGGUAGUGGGGAAUAUGAUUCUACUGUGAUUCAAUUGCGAACUCAUACUAUACCAAUUGAGAUAUGAUUAUGGAUAUUCGAAUACCCACACAUCUACCUAUGCUUGUAUCUCGAUGUGAUUUAACCUUAACUACGCCG